AUGCUGCCAGCACGCCUUGCCCGCAACUGCCUACGCAGCUGCUGCGGCACCCACACCGCCGUCGCCCGCACCUUCACCAGCACCUCUUUCGUCCGCAGCGCCGACAACCCCGUCCCAGCCAACGACCCCAAGAACCGUUCUACACCCUCGCCCGUCAGCAGCACCAAUGCCAUGCCCUUGAGCAGCGAAGGCAACAUGGACAAGCCAUUGCAAGAGUCUGUUGCCGAGGGAGAGGAGCGCAGAGUCAUGCAAGCGCCCAACAGAGAAGGUGUUUGGAGCCGUAGCCAGCAGCCCAGAGAGAAAGCUAUGGUUGGACCGAGAUUCGAGCAGAUGAUCAUGUACGAUCAGCCUCGCCCUAUGGCAGCCAUCGAGCUCAUCCACAAGCAACCCGUCAACUGGGUCAAGGAACGCACCGUCAAGUGCGACGGCGGCGGCGGUCCCCUCGGCCACCCUCGCAUCUUCAUCAACGUCGACAGACCCCAAAUAUGCUGGUGCACCUACUGCGGUCUUCCUUACGCCAAGGAGUCCAACCGCAAGAUGCUCGAGUCUCUUCCUUCGACUUCGUACCCUCUUGAGCCUACCGGUCAUGAGGCAGAGGUCCCCAAGGGAUACCAGAGCAACACUGGAAAGCCUUUGGAACAGCGAUAA